CGGCACUGAUUGAUCACAACUCGUCAGUCACUGCUAUUAAGCGUUGUGUAUUGAUGUGUACAUUUGAGAGAGAAAUCUCACUUUUAUAUAAUAUUUAUAUUUAUAUAUUUCUUUGUAUUCGAUACUUAUAAAGUUUAAAUUAAAAAAGGGCAUGAAAAUCUCAGCAGUCACUCAGUGUAAAUAAAAUUUUAGCAAAGAGUGAAGAGAGGGUAAGAACAUGAUAUCUAUGCUGGAAAAUGUUGAAAAAGGAGUAGAUCCAAUCCGAUGUAUAUUUUUCGCUGAAUUUCAUCACAUAGCAGGACCUAAAAUUACGUGUCAAGUGCCUGAUAAUUUUAUAUUCAAGGAUAUCUUUGACAAUGUCAGUGUUUACAUCAUACCAAAAGCACAAUUACAAAGGAGUACUAUUACGAUAACUUUUUUCUGUAGUACAUUGAAGGACUACAAGAUCCUAGGAUUUCCUGUAAAGAUCGAUGAUAAAAAGUAUGCCAGAAAUGCAUUUUAUUUCAACUUGUGUUUUGUCUGUGAUGCAAAUGCUCGUACUGUUCAUUACGAACCGGUAGUCAGGAAGAUGUCAGACUUUCUGAUGGCUUUGGAAAUAGAAAACUGCUUUUUAUCUGCCUCGGACGAUAAAAGCAGAUUGGCAGAGAUGCUAGCGCAAGUCAUGCAAAAUCUGAAUUUGUACAAAAUGUGUACUCUGACCGAAGGAACAAUGACAUCCCAUCUGAAAGUAGUAAAACUAGCUUCCCAGCCAAAACCAGUUUUCGAUCAUCAGGUACCGAUAUUCUUGGAAAACAAAGAAAUGUUCCAAAAUGAUCAGUGGGAUUUGACUACGCAACAAGUUCUUCCUUAUAUCGACGGUUUUAACCACGUAGCUCGCAUUGCGGCCGAAGCCGAUGUAGAGAAUAAUUUGGUCAAAAGCUGCGUACAAAAUCUCGUAUAUUAUGGCGUUGUGACUCUAAUUCCAAUAUUUCAAUAUUCCAAUGUUUACGCUAUUACUCCAAAACUGAGGCAGCUGGGCAACGAUACGAAGUUACAGGAGAGAUGUAUAACGUAUGCUUCUAAAAUGCCUAGGCAGCCAGCAUGUUUUAGAGAUGUAUACCGCAUGUAUUCAAGUAUGACUUACGGCGUCACUAUGAAGGACCUGUGUCAACGCUUUAAUCCGCAAAACUUGAGAAUAAACGAGAAAAAGUUGGUACAAUUUGGUUUGAUCGAGGGACUUAUCAGAAGAAUAUACAACUAUCCUGUACUUCUGCCUGGUGCGUCUUGCAGCGAAGAAGCAAGAAACAAUUCCAUCUAUAGAUAUUUUACUGGUACGUACAGUCUUGAUGAAAUAUGUUGUAACACAGGCCAUUCCACAGCACAUAUUGAAGAUAUUAUUGAGCGUGAUUCGAAUGUUCUAAUGAUAUGGAAAUGAUAAUCGGAAAUCUAAUAAAAAGCUAUUGAACCG